AAGCACGUAUUCCAGGAUAUCUUCUAAGUGAAUAUGUUCUACAUUUUUAUAGUUUCAUCAUAAGAUUUCUCACAUUGUUUCUUAGUUGUAGACCUAUUAGGCUUUCCUGAAGCCGCACCACUAAUCAGUUUCAGCUCUGAAGUAUAUGUUAUUACAUGGGUAAAGGGCCCUUUAGUUUAAAAACAGAGUUAUAUAUUUCUAGCGGGUCACUGAUAUUUUGCAGUUAGUAUCCCACAUAUUUCUACUUUGUUUAUUUGUUUACUGAACAUCCUUAUCACUGUGUCGUUUUAACAUACGGUUUCAGACUCGGUUGGACUUUUGCCACAGAAAUAAACUAUUCUUUAAUAUAUUUAGCUCGGUUUGGCCUAUUAUUUGUCAAGUGUUUUCGAAACUAUACGGUUUACAUAGUUGUUGCCACGCUAUUAUUUGUUCCAUUCACACAAAAAAGGAUUACUUCAUCAGAAAUGAUGCGCCUUUUUAAACGACGAGGUUCAAACCCUGAGCCUCAGCUUGAAAGCGUUUCGAGAUUGCCUGGAAACAUGCACAAUGUCGAUUGCAAGAAACCAGAUUGGUCCAAAGACGCUUUAAACACUUCAAAUAAUGCAACUAGAAGCAAAACCUGGUAUAAAUCAACUGAUUAUGCGACGGCUGCAGAACAACCAACACAGAACGAUAAAUCAGAUUAUGGCUCACCAUCUAACGACAGUUCAAACGAUAGCAUGAAUUUAUCAUCCGAAAUAAACGAAAAACCUAAACUUAAUGACGAAGAUGUGAAAAGAGUGUAUGAAAUGUAUAAAAAUUGUAAGAAUGGAACAACUAUGCGAAACGAAAACCUACGAAAUGUAAUUAAAAUUCGCCGACAAAAAUGUGUUUCGGAAAAUAUAGAACUGAAUCAGGCACAAUUUAUGAAUUAUUUGACUUUAAUGAAAGCGUACUCUAAGGAUUUUGAAAAAAUAUUUUCUGAAGAAAAAUUUGACCACAAUCGCGGAAGUCCCAUACUCGGACCGAAGAAAAAAAGUCGUCGGACUAGGCUUCGAUCGAUGUUUACAAUUGGUUCUUCAAGUAAGAGCGACGACGAGGAAAUAGAUAUGUCUUCAAAAACACUGAACAAGAAAUCAUCGUCUAUUGAUAGUAUAUCCAGUUUAUUGAGCUACCUUAUGCCAAAACGAAUGCAGAACUCCAAGACAUCAGAUAUUGGCAAUAAACUGAAGUCAGAUGAAAGCGGCUAUGGUAGCGAUGCAAACCAAGCAAAUGCAAUGGAAUCUCCGAUGGGAUCUAUUAAGUCUGAAUUUAGUCAGACAAGCUACAGAGUUGAUACCGAUGUGGAAACUGAAAAGAACUCAGAAAAUUACGUGAACCCUCGAUGUGAGUCCAGCGACGAUACGGAUACUUCCGAAGACGACUUGGAAUUGGAAACAACAUACACAUUUAGUAAGUUUUAUGGUCGAAGUCCCACAAAACCAUGUACAAAGAAACGUUCUGGCUCUAAAUCUCGAGAUGACGAAAAUUUGACGCGAAGAUUUAAGUUUACUGAAAAUGGAAAAUCCGAUGUGGAUGCUAAUCAAUGCUGCCAUGGAUUAAAUGACUUAUCUAUUGAUGGUCCUUUCAUCAAUGUCCAUCAAAGCAAUCCGGGAAAUAACUGCAAGACCGACAAAUAUUCAGAAAAAAAAAACAAGAAUAUGCAACUUAAUGGAAGGGCCAACGAAAUGCUCGGCAUUCGAGUAUUACCACGUUCUGAUUCAACCAAACAUGGGGCUUAUUUCAUAUCAGAAAUGGUUCCCAACUCUGCUGCCCGCAGGAAUCAACAGGUGCAAGAGAGAGAUGAAAUAGAAAACAGAAAAGAUCAUCUCACGCCCAUCAACAACGACUUGAAAUCCAUAAUUUCCAGAACUUCUCAAAAAAUUAAAGUUAAUGCAAAACGUUCAAACUCUUUUAAAAACCUGUUCAGGACGCCAUCGAUAAUGAAUACUAAACGAGAGACAGAUAACCCCAACUAUUCAUUGAUUUUUAAAAGCACAUCUCAAAUCUCACUUAGCAAUCUUGUUAAUGAUAAAGCUUCUCCAAACAGCAAACGUCUUAAAAAACCGUACGUGAAUUCCAACCUCAGGAACUAUCAAGAUAAUUAUGUUGCCAAACAAUCAGAGUCACAACUUAGCAGUCAAAAAACCCAGCAUGAGAGUGACACAUUGAAACAUCUUCGAAGACCUGUACAUAAUGUUAACCGCAUACCUUCUACCGGAGCUUCCAACAAUAAAAAUAUUAAAAACCUAACUAAUCAGAUAGGAGACAAAAAAGACUUCACUCACCAUCCAUCUACUUUUGAAGCACAUAAUGUGCGACCUCAGCACUCAUCGUCAACACGCGAUCCAAAUACAUUUGCACUUUUAUCGCAAAUUCUAAACACUAACUCUAACCGAGAAAGUAAAGCGACAAAUAGUGAAGAUACUGAAAGCGACAGUUUCUUUGAGACACCAACAUCACACCAGACGAUAAAAGACCAUUAUGAGAUAUCUAACGCUCAUUUUUCUGCACAAAACAGAUUUCAACCAAAAAUUACUUCUCCGAAAAGCAUUAAUCCACGUCAAAUGGAUAAAAACUCUUCAUGCAGAACUCCUCCAGAGCUCAAAAAAUAUUUAAGCAAUUGUAACGCUCCACAGCCAUCCGGAAUGAUAAAAUUUGCCUUCCUAUCUUCGAGUAAUUCUGAUCUACCUAAAAGUAUCGCAGCUUCAACGGCAACAUUUAAACAUAAUAACAACUUCAAUAGGUUUAUCACAUUCAGCAAAGGGCCUGGAAGAAAAAGUCUGGGAUUUACAAUUGUUGGAGGAAAAGAUUCAUCCAAGGGACCAAUGGGAAUUUACGUGAAAAGGAUUUUUGAGAAUGGUCAAGCUGCUGACACCAAACUAUUACAAGAAGGCGAUGAGCUUCUUUCUAUAAAUGGAUCAUCAUUCCAAGGACUUUCUCAUUUAGAAGCAAUCAAUCUCUUUAAGAGCAUUAAAAAUGGGGAAGUUGUCAUCAAAGUGGCCAAACGGCAUAAAUCAAGAACUAAUUACCAAUCUGUGUAAUUAUAUAUUACAAUAGUUAUUAGACAUUUAACCAGGACCUACCCUACUAAUUUUAAGACAUAGGGUCACCAUUAUUAAACUGUUAAAUGCUAUUAACUUUUAGGUUUAAGACUAUUAUUUAAUUGUUCAUAAAUAUUUCAAUGUAAUGCUGGGUACUUAACGAUAGAUUCUAUGUAAUAAAUUCGUUCUAAAAUAUUUACUCUAAUAAUACAACUGGCUUAAUUUUUGGAUUAGUGUAUAUUAUCACAUCGCUAUAUCACUUUUCGCACAAUAAUACUGAUUGCACCCAUAUAGCUUAGCUAUAACUGUAAAGGUAUAUGUUUUCAAAUAAAACGAUAUGUUUUUAAAAUGAUAAAUGCAAAACUUGUUCUACUUUGAAGAACAAGUUAUAACAUUUAUGUUACAUAUACUCUUUGGUAUGUCUACAACAGGGUUUUCCAAACUAUUUCGAUAACGGAACACUUUCAAAAUAUAACUUUCAACUUUAA